AAGUUGCUUCACAUAGCUAGCGAGGCAACACGCACGUUACAUAGACUGAGCUCAGGGCAGGGCAUAGUACACGCCGUAGCGAGCUCGUCGCCCGUAGCUAAGCUAGGCCGCCUGUGCUGAGCAGCUGCUGCUGCUGCGACCGACCGAUCGACCGCGUCGAUCGAUGGCGAUCCGGAACAUGCAGGUGGCGACGCGUUCGCUGGACGCGGACAUGACGGUGGACGAGUUCAAGGAGUGGCUGCGGCGGUUCGACACGGACCGCGACGGGCGCAUCAGCCGCGAGGAGCUGCGGCGCGCCAUGCGCGCCAUCCGCGCCCGGUUCACGGGGUGGCGGAGCAGGCAGGGCAUCAGCUACGCCGACGCGGACGGCGACGGCUACAUCGACGACAGCGAGGUGGACGGCCUCAUCGAGUUCGCGCAGAAGAACCUCGGGCUCAAGAUCGUCGCCUACUGAUCGUUCCGAUCCCGCCGGGCGGCGGGCGGGUGGCGCGAGGUAGCUCCAUCGAUCACCACGGGCUAGCAGCAGCGAGGCACCCCAUUAUCUGCCUGUCCCCGCUAAAAAUAAUUAAGAACUACUGCUUGAUCCACCGCUUGCUUGCUUGCUUAAAGCUUUGCUUUCUUGUACGUACUCUAUCCAUUCAUGCGCUCUGUAUCCCUCUCUCUGUGUGUGAUCUAUGAAAGGUGUGUAUGGGUAUCCAUGCGCGCGCGGCUGCCUCCGAUCCGCUUGCCUGCCGGUAGGUCGGGCCGCGCCAUGGGUGCCGCGGUUGUUAAUUUGCUCGAUCUAGUGGAAUUGACAGUGUAUCCGACGAUCCUUGACCAUCAAAAGUUGAAAAC